AUGAAGGGUCUACUUGUGAAAAAGCGAGACGGCACGAUAUACGAAGGCAAUUGCUGGCCUGGUGAUUCAGUUUACAUCGACUUUAUAAACCCCAAGGCCAGGAAGUUCUGGGCCGACCAAUUCGCACUUGAUAAGUCAUCGUUUGGACCUAAUUAUGAGAGGGACAUGGGCAAAACAAUUCUGACCUUUAUCCAAAUUUUGCAGUAUGCUGGAUCUACUAAAGACGUCUACACAUGGAAUGACAUGAAUGAACCAUCCGUAUUCUCCGGUCCUGAAGUGACCAUGCAAAAAGAUCUCGUUCACCACGGAGGUUUGGAGCAUCGUGAAGUUCAUAAUCUCUAUGGAUUCUACCAGCACGAAGCUACGUUUGCUGGUCAACUAUCCCGAGCAGAUAAUGAACUCAGGCCCUUUGUCCUUAGUAGAGCGUUCUUUGCUGGAUCACAGAGAACUGCAGCAGCCUCCAUCCCUAUGCUCCUCUCUUUAUCCACAGCAGGGAUACCUCUUGUAGGAGCAGAUGUUGGCGGAUUCUUCGGUGAUCCCGACGAAGAGUUGCUAAACAGCUACGAUGAGGACCGUCAAUGGAUGGUUGGAAACGCACUAUUAGUCAAGCCUAUUGUUGAAAAGGAUGCCACCCAAGUCUCAAUGUACUUGGCAGGAAGAGGAGAAGUCUGGUACGAUUGGGAGACUUCAAAGCCUAGGCCAUCACCUGGAGCUGUGCAAAAUCCGGUAACUCUGAAGAGCAUUCCAAUGUACCAAAGAGGAGGCACAGUCAUACCCGUUCGAGAACGAGUUCGACGAUCUAGUCAACUGAUGCGAGAAGAUCCUAUCACUCUAUACAUCGCCCUUAAUAUGAAAGACAUUUACCUCCAAUAUUUAAGGGAACAUGAUUACCUCCACGUGAUUAUUAACAAGAAUCUCGACAAGAAAGGAACACUCGAAAGCGAUGUCAUGAUAGAGAAGAUCGUUGUACGGGGCGUGAAGUUCUUCCCAAGAACUGCACAUAUCUACUUGGAUGAUUUCACACCUGAUCCACUUGACUUCGAUUACGACCGUGACACUCAAUUAAUGGAAAUCAAAAGUCCAAACGCCUACAUCACCAGAGAUUUCCGGAUUGACAUCCACACUUAG